GUGUCAAUUAUACUUUUUUAUACAUUACCCAUACAAAAAAAAUGGUGUUCCCCCACACAUACAGAAAUGAGCACACCGAAACGAUCACCACCAACUACACAUAUGGAAGUUGGUACGCGGAACACGUGAAGUUCAAAAUCCCGAUCAAACGUCAGCUCCUGAAACUCCUGAAAGACAUCGACGGUUGCGAAAGGAGCUACAGAAGAGAUCUGUCGGACACGGUGGCCAUCAAAUGCAUACCGACCAAUCCGAAGUACUCCAAAGAGAUUUACCGGAUGAAAAGUUACGUUGAAGGUUGGUUCAACAAGCUGAGCAUCCGGAAUGAGAGUUUCGACAUCGGUUCCAUUCAGUUCGGCGACCAGACUUUGGUGCUGCCGCCAGUUUUGCUCGGUCGGUUGAAGUCGCCCAUUGCCAAAAUAACGUUGUGUGUGUAUUUACACUUAGACGUCAGGGAACAGAACCCGGCUGAAUGGGACAGUGAUCCUUGGACUUUAUCGGAACGUGAUGCUAAGUACUAUGGUUGUGGAACUGCUUCAUCCAAAGGGCCUUUACUUUGUUGGAUGCACGCCAUCCAAUCCUUCAAUCGACUGAACUUUGACUUACCCAUUAACAUCAAAUUUAUUGUUGAGUUCGCUUACACAUUAAGGAGUCCUGAGUUGAUGAAGUUCCUGGUAGCCAAAAAGCAAGACUUUUUCAAUGAUAUAGAAUAUGUGGUGUGUAAUUUAUCAGAGUGGCUAGGUCAAAAGUACCCAAGCAUAGUUUACGGAACUGUAGGCGUUUUGUACAUGUCUCUGAUGGUACAAAAGAAUCCGGAAACCGAUAGUGACUUAAGCGAAGAUGCUAAAAAGAUUCUUGAUACGAUAGUCAAUGAUGAGAAUAAAAUUUUGAUACCUCACUUCAACGAUUAUGUAGACCAAGUCACGCCAGAUGAAGAGAGGAUUUACGAAUCGAUCAGGAACUUUGAUAUAGACGCCGUUAGAGCAUCUUUGCCUCCUCACAAGCAACACCUGGACAAAAUCCGUCUGUUGAUGGACUUCUGGAGAAAUCCAAGCAUUACCGUUGGUGAAGUAAUGACUUGCGCUUGCGAUGAUCCUGAUACAAGCAUAGUAAGGCAAGAUUUCAUGGUGAAGAUCGUUCCUAGGCAAAUUGUGGAAAAAUCAGUCACGAUGAUUAACGCGCACGUGAAGAACGCAGUUAAAGAACUAGAUAUUAAAAGUAAAGUGGAUGUGGUACUUCAAUCAUCGGUGAAACAUUGGAUUGAAGAUAUAUAUUGUCCUUUAUUUCAAGCUGCCAAAAGAGCCACCCUUCAAAUUUACAAAGAAGAUCCCGACAUGAUACGAGAAGACAAGAGUCGGCUAAUAAUUACAAUUUUGAAAAUGGUUUUCGAAAAACCUGUUCUUUGUUUGCCACUGGUGUCGCAGAAUUGCAACAAAUACAGACCGAAUGAGUUUAUUCCCAAAAAAAAUUACAUGGAAGGUACCAAGUUAAUUGCUGCUUUGAUUAUACAGCUCGGCGAAAAAUAACCGAAAUAAAUUCUCAUUUAAUAAAA